GGCAACUUUACAACUAGAGUUUUAAAGAAGUGAAAAGCAUCAGACAUUCCUUGAGUCAACAGAAGUAGAGGCAGCCAUUCAGAGGAAACCUCCAAAAGCUGCUCUUACAGGACGUAUUGAUCAGAUAUGGGCCAAGCUGCAACGCAGCUGAGUACCAAUUGGCACCUGAAAGAAAAUACAAGAGAUCACCACACAAAUAAAUUUUCGAGCAAAGAGUUGAUUGUGAGGAGAGGUCAAGCCUUUGUUGUCACCUUCAAUGGAAUUGAACAGCCUGAGCAAAACUUAACAUUCAUCGCAGAAACAGGUCCAAAACCCUCAAAGCAGGCUAAGACCCAGGCCACAUUUGGUAUUUCCAGCACAGCGAGUAAGGAGAAUUGGAGUGCAGUUCUGCAGUCCACCAGUUCCAACUCUGCAAGCAUCACCAUUUCCAGCCCAGCUAAUGCUGUCAUCGGACGUUACAAGCUGAGUGUUCAAAGUACUUCAAGUGGCAGCUCAUCUCCAGCAACCCUUGGCACUUUUGUUUUGCUCUUUAAUCCUUGGUCUUCAGGUGAUGAUGUGUUCAUGUCUAACAAGGCUGAGUGUGAGGAAUAUGUGCUAGAAGAGUUUGGCAUCAUUUUUGCUGGCAAUACGCAUCAUAUCAACAGCUUUGGAUGGAACUUUGGCCAGUUUCAAGGAGAUAUUCUCAAUAUUUGCCUUUCCAUGCUGGAUCGAAGCUUAAACUACCGUCAGGAUCCUGCCACAGAUGUAUCUCACCGAAAUGAUCCCAAAUAUCUGGGCCGAGUUCUCAGCGCAAUGGUCAACGGCAAUGACGACCAAGGAGUGGUACUAGGAAACUGGAGUGGAAAUUAUGAAGGUGGGAAAAGUCCAAGCAGCUGGACUGGAAGUGGUGAAAUCCUGCAAAACUGGAAGAAAUCAGGAUUCAGGCCUGUUAGAUAUGGACAAUGUUGGGUGUUUGCAGCAGUAUUGACCACAGUGCUUAGAUGUCUGGGGAUUCCCACUCGUACAAUUACAAACUUCAGCUCUGCCCAUGAUGCAGAUGGAAACCUGCGUGUGGAUGAGUUUUAUGAUGCUUCUGGAAAUCAUUUGGAGAGAGGAGCUGACAGUGUCUGGAAUUUCCAUGUCUGGAAUGAAAGCUGGUUUUCCCGCAGUGACUUGGGCCCCUCAUACAGUGGAUGGCAAAUUCUGGAUGCAACUCCCCAAGAAGAAAGUGGAGGAAUUUAUCAGUGUGGUCCUGCCUCACGGAAUGCCAUCAAAGAAGGAGACAUAGAUUUGGACUACGAUUGCCCAUUUGUAUUCGCAGAAGUGAAUGCAGACUGUAUGUACUGGAAUUAUGACCCUGCAACUGGAAAGAAAACAUUAAUAUUCUCCAAGUCUACAACAAUUGGCCAGUUCAUCAGCACAAAGGCAGUUGGUAGAGAUGAUCGUGUAGAUGUCACCAGUGAUUAUAAAUAUGAGGAAGGCUCUAGAAAAGAAAGAGAUAUUUUUAAAAAAGCCCGUAAGAAGCUGGGACUUGAAGAUAAAUUUGAUCCUACAGCACCGACACCAAAGGAAAUUGAACAAAAGCCUGAUAUCUCAGGGAAGUUCAAAGUGGCUGGUCCUUUAGAAGUUGGCAAAGAUCUCAAUCUAAUUCUGGUUCUUGCAAAUUUACAAUCUGAUGUUAAGUCUGUUCAUGUAAAUAUGACUGCUUGGAGCACUGUGUACACUAGAAGACCAGUUCGUGAGAUCUGGAAGGACUCCAUAUCUGUCACUCUGUCUCCUGAGGAAGAGAAACAUUUUCCCAUUAAGAUAUCUUAUGCUGAAUAUCAACAGCAGUUAACUACAGACAACACAAUUCAAAUAACAGCUUUAUGUCAUGUAGAAGGUGGAAUUCAAGUACUAGUGCAAAGAGACAUUACCCUGGACAAUCCUGCUAUUGACAUACAGGUACUUGGUGAAGCAAAAGUGAAUAAAGAAGUUGAUGUAGAAGUGGUAUUUACCAAUCCUAUUAAUACAGAAGUGAUGGACUGUGUGCUGCAGGUAGAAGGCAAUGACCUGCUGAGAGGAAUCCUUGAGAUAGACGUACCGCCAUUGAAAGCUGGUGAGAAAUCCAGUACAAAGUUUAAACUUACUCCUGUCGAGAUGGGUUCCAAGCAUCUACUCGUUAAUUUCUCCUGUGAUAAAUUUUCAAAUAUCAAGGCCUUUAAGACUGUAAAUGUGAUUGACUAAUAGGAAGAUGCAUUAUAAGUGGUCUGUCUCUCUCUAAAUUGAACAAAAUGUCGUAAGAAAUCUUGUAUGGGAAAACCACGAGGAAAAUAAAAUCCUUACUUUCCUGAUAAUGGGUUACCAACUUUACAUCAUUAAAAUUUUACAAUGUAAUUUUAAAUAAACUCUGGAAUAGGUGAUUCUUCAUUUACUGAUGUGAGUGUUCAUGUUAUUAAAUAGCACAUCUUACCUUCUAUUCGGAGACUGCUUGUUUGACUUUCAUCUGUUUAUGUUUGGAAAUCAUUCUUUCUGGCUCCAGAUGUUUCUACACAAACAUUCAUAAAUACAUUUUUACAUAUUCAAAGCCUUAUUCAGCGGACUUGCAAAGCAGUGUUUCCCUUUCACUGCAACCAUGGAACAAGAAAGUAGCCAGGAUUAUGUACAUGAUUUACACUAUUUAGCUUUUGUCGUCUUUUUUUUUUCUUCCCUCCUGUAAAGUCUGUCACUGUAACUUGAGCACUUAUCUAGACACAUUCUUUUCUCUUUCUCCUCUUUUUGCAAAUCACAGGACAAAAAUGUUCUAAGUGAAUUUAGAAUGAUGUCCAAUUUCAGAGCCAUUUCACAAACAAAUUGGGAUAAUUGACAGUUCAAUCUUUUUAUUUUUUUUAUUUUUUUCCCUCACUUGCUGAUACUCUUCUUUGGGAAUCAAAGGGAGAGUAAUCUUAAGACCAGGGAUAUUUUACCUAGAGAAAAAUUAGAAACUCUUCAUUAUAGUUUGUGAGUCAGGAAGCCAUCCCUAUCAGCAAAUAAUAUAUUAAAUACAGAGUCCGGUUAAUAUCAAGGUCAUCAGAUUUCAGAUUUAGUACAGUUUACUUAAACCCUUUAUCAGUAGAUGGGUACAAACUGCAAGCAUGGAGAAAAACAAACAAUCAAAAAAAAUAGCAAGGGAAAGAGUACUUUCAAAUUUGUUUGGGUGUUGUGAGGCCCAAAAAUGGUAGCAAAGAGGUGUGUCUUAAUAAAAGAUGUCUUAGACUUCAUUUAAAAAUUGUAUAAUUACCUUAACUAUUGAAUUCCACAUCUCGAGUUCCUGUUGCUAAACAUUAUGUGUAAUAGCAAAUGUUCUUUCAACACAACUCUGUCUGGCAGGUGGAGAAGUACUUUGAGUGGAAACAAAAGCUAAAAGCUAGAUUCCAGGACCUAGAGCUAGGCGUAGCCCACUGAGUGACUGGGUUUAUGGAUUAUAUAAUUAUACAACAGUAAGUCAAUAUCUGGCUGAAAAUGAGCUGUGUAGAUGAAGUGAAUGGAAAAUCAAGCUACUGCUCUAUUGUACUUGGACUGCAAGGCCAGGGAACCGGUAAAAACUUAGCAAGAGCCUGGAGCCAGCUCUGUGCCCGCACUUCUACCCCACAGCACAGAGUACGUGUGACUUUCAAUAGGGAAUGCUCAUUGUCACAUGAGCAGCCAACACUCAGAUUAGCUAUAAACCCCUUUUGUCCUUUUAGCCUGCAAGAGUGCUUUAGGAGGGCGAUUGCAGUCACUUAGUUUUCCAGUGCCAGUCACGUAACAUCAGUACGACAGCAUACUGGCUAUGUAAUGAGAUGGACUACAGAGAGGUUGAACAAGCAAACCACAGUUUUUCUCCUGAUGUUCUUCAAGGCUUGCCAGAGGCAAAAGCUCUCAUCACAUCGACCAAAUGAUGACAGUUCAAGCUCAAGCACAGCCUUACACUCACAAUGUCAAUAUACUCUUAAUGACUUCUUUUUGCAUCCCUUUUAUGAGUUAAAACCACCAGACUCUGCUAAGUCAAGUGAUUUGCAGUAGCAGAAAAGACAGAAUGUGGUGAAUGGGACCUCUAGGUGAAUUAAAAAGAGGCAACACGCUUCCCCUGUGUUAGUGCACACAUGCAUAAAGUUGAUGUGUCUAAUUAAACAUGUACCUACUGGGAUACAGACUCACAGAAAGGAUUCUGCAACAUUUCCAUGGAAGUUAUACUGAUCUCUUUCUACUAAAGACUAGAAACAUUACAAGUUUAAGGUGCAAUAUGGCUACUCUGAGGUUAUGACAGUACAAUACCUGAACAACAACUUAUUAAGGAGGCAAGAAAAAUAUAAAAUUAUGUUUUCCUUAGAAAGCUGAAGAACUGCACAGCAAUUUCA